AUGCUCUCAGUUUCUUCACACUCCCUUGUCUACGCUCACACAACCAUUUCCCAAUCCCAAGUCACUAGUCAUUCUGCCUUCUUCAAAUUCAGUUACAACAAACUUCAUCAUCGCACUCCUUUCGUCUUCCCUAACCAACGGAUCGCACCAUGGCUUCUCCCCGCAGCAACCGCUCUCCGCCGCAAUGCCACGCCGGAUCCGCCUCUCGGCUUCCUCGGCGCAGCCGAUGUCAUAGUCGUCGGAGCCGGAGUCGCCGGUUCCGCUCUCGCCUACACCCUCGCCAAGGAUGGACGGCGUGUCCAUGUUAUUGAGAGAGACUUGAGAGAGCCACACCGAAUCGUUGGUGAACUUCUCCAGCCAGGAGGAUAUCAAAAGCUAAUUGAGUUAGGGUUAGAAGACUGUGUGGCUCAAAUCGAUGCACAAAGGGUGCUAGGCUAUGUCCUUUUCAUGGAUGGGAAAAAAAUUAAGUUGCCUUAUCCUUUGGAGAAGUUUCAUGCUGAUGUGGCGGGCAGGAGCUUCCAUAAUGGACGUUUUAUACAGAGGAUGAGAGAAAAAGCUGCUGCUCUGCACCAUGUACGAAUGGAACAGGGCACUGUAACAUCUCUUCUUGAACAGGAUAGUAAAACUGUUGUAGGGGUCCAGUACAAAACUAAAGCUGGUCAAGAACUUAAAGCAUAUGCUCCGCUCACAAUUAUUUGUGAUGGCUGUUUCUCAAAUCUUCGUCGGUCUCUCUGCCAUCCCAAGGUAGAAGUAACCUCCUUUUUCGUGGGUUUAGUUCUGGAGAAUUGUCAACUCCCAUUUGAAAAUUAUGGGCAUGUUAUUCUAGCUGAUCCUUCCCCUAUCUUAUUUUAUCGUAUCAGCAGCUCUGAGGUUCGCUGCUUAGUUGAUAUACCAGGUCAAAAAGUCCCUUCUGUUGGGAGUGGAAUGGCCAAUUACCUGAAGGCUACGGUAGCUUCCCAGAUUCCACCUGAGCUUCAGGAUUCUUUCAUAUCCGCUAUUGAUCGAGGAAAUAUUAGAAUCAUGCCUAAUAGUAGCAUGCCAGCUGAUCCAUAUCCUACACCUGGAGCUCUAUUAUUGGGUGAUGCUUUCAAUAUGCGACAUCCUUUGACUGGAGGAGGAAUGACAGUGGCACUGUCUGAUAUUGUUGUCGUGCGGGAUCUUAUUAAGCCAGUUGUUGACCUGAAUGAUGCAUCCUCACUAUGCAGAUAUCUUGAAUCCUUUUACAUCUUCCGCAAGCCUAUGGCAUCCACCAUAAAUACUUGUGCCGGUGCUCUAUACAAGGUCUUUUCAGUUUCACCCAAUGACGCCAGAAAGGAACUGCGCCAAGCAUGUUUUAACUACUUGAGCCUUGGAAAAAUAUUUUCUGGUGGACCCAUUGCUCUGCUCUCUGGUCUAAACCCUUAUCCGUUGAGUUUACUUCUUCAUUUUUUUGCUGUUGCAUUCUAUGGGGUUGGCCGUUUGCUCUUACCAUUCCCUUCAUUUCAACGGAUGUGGAUUGGAGCUCGAAUAAUUUUGUGUGCAUUUGACAUAAUUUUUCCCAUCAUCAAAGCUGAAGGAAUAAGGCAAAUGUUUUUCCCCACAUCAAUACAAGCUUUUAAUAGGGCUCCUCCAGACAGGUGA